UGUUAUUUUGUUUGAUAUUUGUCAGAGUUCAUGAUGUAGUAUAAUUAGCUCUGUUGGGACAGUGGCGCCACCUUGAGGUCCACACUGCUCUGUGUAUGAUAAUCGUCCGAUAGGUCAUCCAUUAACUGUCCUUGCAGUAAAUGAUUUCCGAUUACUAGUCGACUAUACAAAGUUCAAUACAAAAAUAUCUCAUAAACAUAAUUGUAGGAGCAAUGUCUUUGAAAACAUUUUCCUGCAGAGUUUUGUUUAAAUGUUUGCACCACGGUGUUUUCGCCUCGAGCAAACCGCUCAGUGCACGAGAUGCAGCAGCUGCCGUGUUGGGACGAAGCUCCACGCGAGGCUAUUACAACACCCGGAAAGCCAAGUAUCCACAACAAGGCGGAGUGGCCCACGGCCGGGUAGUCGACCUCCGUAGCGACACGGUGACCAAGCCCGGGCCGGCAAUGAGGCAGGCCAUGGCGGAAGCCAAGGUCGGAGAUGACGUGAUGAGAGAAGACCCGACUGUUAACGAGUUACAGACAAUUGCAGCUGAUAUGUUUCAAAUGGAGGACGCCCUGUUCGUUCCCUCUGGAACCAUGAGUAAUCUCAUCGCAGUGAUGGUGCACUGCAGAGAGCGGGGCGACGAGAUGAUUGUGGGAGAUCUGUCGCAUUUACACAUCUACGAGCAAGGAGGCAGCGCACAGCUGGCUGGUGUCCACGCCACCACGGUGAACAAUCUGCCCGAUGGAUCAUUUGACAUAGAGCAGUUAGAAUCGAAGAUCCGCCACGGUUACCCCGACCCCCACUACCCCCGCUCACGCCUCAUAUGUGUGGAGAACACACACAACAUACAGGGAGGGCGUGUGCUGCCUCUGACCUUCCUGCAGGAGGUUCGUGCUUUGGCAGAUAGAUAUGGUCUGUCGGUCCACAUGGACGGAGCCAGGGUGAUGAACGCUGCUGUGGCUCAGGGGGUCCCUCCAUCCACCAUACUGCAGCACACACACACCGUCAGUGUGUGCCUCUCCAAGGGUUUGGGUUCCCCUGUGGGAACUAUACUGGCUGGACCCCAAGACUUCAUAUCCCAGGCAGUGCGGUGCCGUAAAGCCCUGGGUGGAGGGAUGCGGCAGGCUGGUAUACUGGCAGCAGCUGGAAAACUGUCUUUACUGGAGAUGGUAGGAAGACUGGAGGAGGAUCACCACAAUGCAAAAACCUUUGCUCAAGCUCUGCUUGACUGUGACCCUCCUCUAUUCGCUGUAGACAUGGCCGCCGUGGAGACAAACAUCCUGCGUUUCCGUCUACAAGAGCCCAGUUUAAGCCCCUCUGAGUUCUGUGCUCGCAUGGGUGAGGUUGGUGAGGGAGAGGAGGCAGUACUGGGACAGGGGAUACAAGUUCUCAUGUACCCCCAUUUUGGAAAUUCAGUACGGGCCGUAUGGCAUCUUGGGAUUUCCCCUGAAGAUACGCAGCUGGCCAUCCAGAAAAUGCAACUUGUGGCUUCGCAGUACUUGAAGGAAAUGGCAGGUUAGGUCGCAGUGAAACCUGAUACUUCCCAAAAUGUGUAGUCUAAUCACUAGGACUGAUCAUACAAAGUGUACACGGACUAAUCUAGAAAGAGACUGAAGGAUGUCAAAUGUGGGACAAAUACUGUACAACUGUCACUUUAGAUAUUUUAUAUCAUUAUUAAUUUAAUUCAGUGUUUAGUAAUGCUUAUUAAAUUGAAUGAACCACG